UCCACUGUGUUUAAACCGUAAGGAAAGACAGAACACUAGGUACGAUUUCACACUUUUCCCACCAUCCCGGGAUUUAAAAUUUAUUCUAGCGUGUAUGUACUUUAUACAAACAUAGCAUAACAUCUGAUGUGACCUGUAGGCCAAACUCUAGCAAUUAGCAUACAUUCCAACAUCAAGAUGAUCCCAACUCAAUCACGUUUAUCCGCGCUUCCACCAGCAUGGUGAGAUCCUGCGGGGUGGCUCCGACCUCGGAGUCAAAGUGCAACUACGGCAGCCUGGAGCCUGCUUCCACUGGAUCUCUCGAUGAGGAGGUGCGACGCUCAGACGGCCAGCAGUGGCAGCUAUUUCGAGAAACCAUGGCCCAAAUCAGGCGUACCAACGCCGACCUGCUGGCGAUGCGGGAGCAGGCGCAGACCAUGGAGGUUCGCCACAGCGAGCCGUGGACGCCAGAGCUAGCGGGACAGGAGCUGCUCCUGGUGGACGAGGAGGCCUGGCAGGAGUACGUGCGUAAGUACCUGUACACCGCGCCGGCGGUGCGGCUGCCCCCCGUCGAGGAGAUCGACAUCGAUAAGCUCGUCACCAGGCUGACAGGGCCGCAUGACAAGAUGCUGCCGCCACCCGGUCGCACCUGCUACUGCGGAUUCUAUCCGUCCUUGGACCGGUCUCGGCUGCCGCUCAACCAGCCGCGGCUGAAGGCCCUGACGCCGGGGGCCCGCAUCCCAAACACAGUCAUCAUCCGCAUCCUCUGGUGCACGCGCACCCUUCUCGACGUCGAGCACUACCGCAAGCUGGCGAACGAGCGCAGUCUGAGCCGCCAGCGCUGGGAGCCCCUCGAGCGAGACGAAUCGGAGGACGGUGAGUGCCUGGCGCGCACGGAGGACCUGGAGGCCACCACUGAUCGCCGCCGCCACCGCUACAGGAUCGUCUUCCCCGACAACGAGCACGUCGAGGAAUGGCCAGGCAUCGCCGCCGACGGCGCGAACGCAGCGUCCGUGGAUUCAGAGGACGCGGCGAUCGCGCGCGAGCGGCAGUGGGGAGCCGGCCGGCACGGUGAGCUGCUCUCCGACGCGGAGGGCGCGCCGGUGCCGCCAGGAGAGGGACACUCGGCGCUGGACGCCACGCUCGCCACCGGCGCUGUGGAAGGUGGCGCACUGGGCGGUGCUGGAGUGGAGCAGCGAGAGGACAGCGCUCCAGGCAAAAGUGCGGCAGGGCUGGGCGAAGGCAGCGCGCCGGGGCGACCUGGUGAAACAGGGUGGCGUGGUGGUAGCGCGGUAGGAGCUGGCAGUGCAGAUCAAGGCGCUGAAAAGGAGCAACGUGGGCGUGCGACAUCUGGACAGUCUGCAGUUAGCGGGCACAGCGGCGAGGGAAGUGCCCAGAAGGGUCGGGCAGUAGGCCAGAGUCAAGAUGAACCAAGAGCUCAAGGUGCGUUCGGUGAAAGCGCUUGUGAAGUCAUCGAUCGAUGCUGACGGUAUUGGAAGCGAAGCCGCACCUCAGUACCGCGGGGUGACGAGCGCUGUUCACGAUGAAGCACAACGACCGAGUACCGAUCUGAACCUCACCCAUGACGGGCAAGAGUCGGCUGGAGUUUCCAAAGGUGGCUUCCUCUCCCCAGUCGGCGGAUAUCAGCAAAGCCCCGCCAGUGAGGCGGCGGUGGCGGACGCCUCGCGCGGGUCUGCGGCCACCACGCCGGCAGCAGACGGAAUGGGCAGCCCUCGUCUCCGACAUCGUCUGCGGCAGGAUCGCAGUCCGUCGCCCCAGCCAGCAACCGAGCGGCAGCAGGCGGACAACCUGAGUCGGCGGACCGCGGCGAAGAACGACGCAGACGGCUCUGACGGAGGCACUAGGACAUCAAUGUCUGACAGCGAGCAUCGGCAUACUUCCCGGGCUCGCCCUGAUAAGGCAGGCAGCGACGAACGCUACAUGGUUGACCAGGAUUCUGAAAAGCAAGACGGGUCCACUGGAAAGCAUGCCUUGCGAAUGGCCAACCGCUACGAAGUCAAAGACCAUGUCUGCGAGGAUUCCAAAAUUCAGCGACUCUCCGUUUCUGAUAAACAAGCCAAUCAAAAUAAGAGAAUCAAGCAUUUCCCACGCGAUCAUCAUGGUAGGAGAGCAAAAUCAUUCGGCGAUGAAGUUGGAGGAGAUAUGGACGAGGAGAACCAGCUAUCCGUGCAAGCUGGGGGGUUUCAGACGCAUUCACCUGACCGCCCAGACCAGUCCGACCGUAUACCGGGCGUAUUUUAUGACGAUUCCUCUUAUGACAGUUCACAGUCGUCGCAUGAUUUCGAUGAAUCCAAGGAGUCCACUUUGCACGACGAUGCAAGUGGCGACGGGCAUCAGCGCUUUGGUCUGCGGGAAGUGUCGAUUACCCCUGAAAUAAGAAAGAGUGCCAGCGGCAGCGCCUAUGAUGGCUCUUUGAAUACGGAGGCCAUCGAAUACAUAGAAAAGUUGCAGGAGCAGCCGUGGAUCAGAGAACUUAUCCCAGGACUGGGCAAUCAAACGCUAGGCCCCUGGAAUGUUAUGGAUCAUCUCCUCUUACUCCUUCCAAAGCAGCCAGCAGAGAUGAAGCGGAGUGUUCUCGCAGAGAUCCAGACCAUCUUCAGACAGUUCUCACAUCGCAAGGUGGAGAAGGUUCUGCACGCCAUUCUCACAGCGCUACAAGCCGCCACUGAUGACCCAGUCACGCUCGCGGCCGUGCUGGACACGCUGGAAAGCAUCGGCCUGCAGAUGGACGUGGUGGUGGCCAACAUCCUCAGCCUUCUUCCAGGGAUGUCGGACGACGCCCGGGAGAGCGUGCUCGUCUUUCUGACACGCCUCGGUCUUGUCGACACUCACCGCAGGAUUCUCGCGGAAGCACUCUCCUGGGAUCGCAGGCGACAUCGACGGACUGGUAAGCAGGCCGUCCACAAAGCUCUGCUGCGGAAAGCUGUCAACUUCAUCGGCGUGUGGUCAGAAGCGUUUGAAACCCACUCCAAACUCAUCGCCGAGGAAAUCAACCAAAGGAAAAUGCAAGCAGUGGUAAAGUUGAAUAUUAUCAAGAUCUUACAGAACUAUGAACCGCAAUGCGUCUAUGAAACAUCUGACGGCAUAAAUGUCAGCUUAAGAAGUCCUGCCAGCGCUGAUCGACUACAAAACCCAGGGGUAAUCGAGGCGCUGAACUAUUUCGUCGAGCUGACCGAUGACGAAGGUAUCGAGCGGCCGGCGCAGCCCAGCAGUCCGCACAGCGAGCCGGCAGUCGUCGACCCGCUGCAGUGGAGACGGCGCAACUUUGACAUCCUGGUGCCGCCCAGCCAGACGCCGGCCCUGCAGGGAAACCGGCCGCUGCGGGCGGGCGUGCUGUGGCCGACCUCGCUGGUGACGCACCACCCGCGCCGGCCGGGCCUGGCGCUGCUGCCGUGGCCCACUGUCACCGUGGGUAUCACCCUGCGCAUCGCCGACAAGUACUACCGGGCCGCGCCGCCGCCGGCAGCCGCCCUCUGGAUGUCUUGACAUGGGCCAGGACAAGCGGGCGCGGCUGGGGGCCUGUGGAACAUGUGGGGGUCCAGAUGCGGGCCAGUUAAGGAUGAAUCAUGGGUCCGGAUGGAGGCCAGGUGGGGAUGUGUGCGUCCGGAGGACCCAACGGAAGACGUUUAGGUCUGUCUGGGGCCAGAGCGAGGUGUGUGGGUCUGGUUGCGACAGCGAUGGGUGUGCGGGUCCUCCUCAGACACAGAGGACUGGAAGCCACAUGCAGACUAGCAUGUUUGGCUGGAACCCAGCGAGCGCAGAAAGGUGUGUUCGUCUGUCAGGCGCUGAAGCUUCGCCUUAGUCAGGCAUCCCCGGUCGCUGUGGAGCUUCGCGAGUCGCUCACUGCCGGAGAGCUUUCGAUGUCGCUCAAAGCAGGGGAGCCAGAAGCCAAUAACAGCUGUUAAUACUGUUGGUAUCUGCGUUGAAGGCUUGCUGUCGUCUGACCGAUACAUUUGGCCACGACUUCUGAAAAGAAUCCCAUGGCAAAUAUUUGUGAAACAACUACCGAGUUGUGAGACCAACAUGCGCACUUAAGGGAUGCUUGCGGGCUAUAGGUGAGGCUGCAAGCGUCUAUACUACGGUGUAUGUGCGACGCAUGUGCGCAAACAUACAUUUAUUACAAGACAACGAGCAUGCUAUUCAGAAUUAAACGCUGUUGUUCC